AUGGGCGAGAACAAUAUCCCGUAUUAUAAAGAUUAUGAUGAGUAUGACAAUGGGGAAGUCGAAGACAAAAUAGUAUUUGACAGUGAAGUGAUGAGUCAGUAUUUAGGCAAAAAUCUCUCCAAAGGGUUUGGUGCCCACAAUCCUGCAGAUCUUCCUGCGAUGACGUUUUGUUACAUAUUGAAUCCCGAGAGUGAGGAUGUGAUAAAAGUGAAUGAGUUAGGUGUUUCGAAAUAUGGUGACCCUGGCUUUGAGUUUCAAGAGUUUGUGUUGAACCACAUAGAACCUUCUAAGACACUUGAAAUAGCUGUCUCGCAGUCUGUUGGUCGUCGUGCACAAAUGGAAGACACAGUAGUUGUUGAUUGUACAUCAGUCGAAGGCACCGAUGUGAUUGGAGUCUUUGAUGGACAUGGAGGGAAGGAAGCUGCUUAUUAUUGUAGUGAUCGCUUUGUUCCUGUCUAUCUAGAGAAGAAGGGGGACUUUGAAGACCGUGUCAAACAGACAACAGCGCAGCUCCACACGGAGACUGCAAAAGACUCAAACUCGGGGACAACAGCGACUGUUGUUUUUGUUGAUAAAGAGACCAUUCGUGUUGCUUUUGUUGGUGACUCUCCAGCCUUUGUAGUACGGAACAAUACACUUAAGAAGGUGACUAAAGAUCACAAAGCAACAAAUAGUGACGAAGCAAAACGCAUUCAAAAUAAUGGAGGAGUCAUUCUCUCAGUAUUAGGGACUAAACGGGUUAAUGGACAAAUCAUGAUCACACGAAGUAUCGGCGACAAGGAAUUGCACCCGCCACUUUCUACAGAGCCUGAAAUUGUUUCUUUAAAGAGAAGUGAAGUCGAUUGGUUGUUAGUGAUGAGUGAUGGGAUCACUGAUGUCGUUACUGAAAAAGAACUUGGCGAGAUGGUGAAGAAGAGUGGCGGGUUGUUUAACUUGUCCUUCGACACGUUAAAAAUGGCGUAUUUAAAUGACAGUAGUGACAACCUCACGCUGAUCGCAAUUAAAGUCCCCAAACAGCAGUUAUAA